GAGAGAGAGAGAGAGAGAGAGAGAGAGAGAGAAGAUUUAGAGGGAGAGAAGAUUUAGAGAGAGAGAAGAUUAGUGGACACCUUUGCUCAGGCUCUCAGACCCAUUCGCAGCCAUGGCCGGGAGUUCAGAAAAAGUUCCCAUCGCCUUAGCGGGACCCGAGGACCUGCAACAGUUUAUGCCACCGGCAUACACUGCCGUGGCGGUUAAACCGGCGGCCACCGGCCGCCUGCUGAAGACCGGGAUUGUGGUCUUGAUCGCCGGGGCAAUUCUGCUGCUGUUCGGGGCAAUCGGAGCUUUUUACUUCUGGAAUAAUAACGACAAACAUGUCUACAACGUCCACUACAGCAUGAGUAUUAACGGUAAGGUGGAGGAGGGCUCUAUGGAGAUUGAUGCUACAAACAACAUGGAGAGGUUCCGCACCGGGAGCGGAAAUGACGAGGCAGUAGAGGUCCACGACUUCCAGAUUGGUAUAACUGGUAUCCGUUUUGCUGGAGGAGAGAAGUGUUAUAUUAAGACUCAGGUCAAAGCUCUUCUGCCUGACGUGGAAACACUCAACAAAGACUCACUUCUGUUCGACCUGGAGGAUGAGGUGAUGCCUGCUAAAUUUGAGGAGGACUCUCUGAUCUGGGUGGCGGCUGACAUGCCCCUCUCUGACCCCACCUUCCUCAGCUCCAAGAUCCGCGAUUUGUGUGGAGACCUGCCAAUCUUCUGGCUCCGCCCUACCUACCCCAACGGCGGGCAGAGGAAGGCGGCCCCUCGGCAGCGCCGCCAGGCACCCGGGACAGAGGAGGAAGUAGACCCGGAAGCAGAAUUUAACCCUGAGAACCCCUAUCAUCGUGGUCUGGAGGGCGAUGAGGGCACCAUGACCUUUGACCCCAUGCUGGACCACCAGGGCGUGUGCUGUACGGAGUGCCGGAGGAGCCACACCCAGUGCCAGAGGAUCUGUGAGCCCUUGGGCGGGUUCCACCCCUGGCCCUACCACUACCGCGGGUGCAGGGUGGCCUGCAGAGUCAUCAUGCCCUGCCGCUGGUGGGUGGGACGCAUCCUGGGCAUCCUCUAAACACACCCUGUCCAGACCUGGAGUGGUAGUCCAGAGAAAAACAGGGGGUGGAGAGAGAGAGAGGGAAGAAAAAGAGAGAAGGGGAGAGGGGGUGAGAAGGGGGUAGGGAGGGGAGGGGAGGGGGGAAGAAAAAGGGGGAGAAGGAGAGAUACGUCAACACCAAAUUGAGUAAGUAGCUUGGCUAGGUAUAGUGCAGUUCAUUUUGGAUUUGGGCAAGGGAGAAAGAGAGACAAAGAUAAGGGGGAGAGAGUGUUAACAAUCAAACCAUCAAUCAAGGAUAUUCAGUUUUCAACCAUAACAGAGAUAUAUAUAUGCUGUAACACAUAUGUAAGCUACAAUACCAUAUGACACAAGUUGUAUAUCAUUAUUCAUACCAUACUCUUAAGAGUACUCUUGCAUACUACAUACCCUGUAAUGACAUCAACUUGUCUGAUCUUGUCACCUGCAACCAAACAUACCAAAGUAACAUUAAAGAUUAUAUAUCAAUAGUUAUGAUCUUUUUAGUGACAGUGACUGAUAUGGCAGAUAGUGAUUUGUGUAAACUUAUUUCAGUUUUUCUUUUGCCUUUUGAUGUAAAUAAAUGUAAGAAAUAACAAGUAUUCUGUAGGCAGAAGCUAAAGAAGUAUAUGAGUUAGACUAGACUGUCAGCUGUGUGUGUCUGUAGGUAUUCAUCAUGCUAGUGAGAAAUGUUUCUGUCCUCCAGACCGUUGUUAGUCUUUCCCAACUGUUUCUCCAGAAGUAGGACCUGCUAACAACAUCUACUGUACGCUUUGUCUGGUAUUCUCCUUAAAACACAGUUAUUUAAUGCUAAUAGGAAAUACACUAUUUCAAAGUGCAAUUUCAAUGAAUAAACAUUUUAAGUAAACAUAUAAUACAUCA